GACUCCUCCCUGCAGCCCCUGCGGAGCCACCAGUGUCCUUCCUGACCGCACUUCGCUGUUCUCCCGGAAAGCGUUGGGCGGCGCGCGACGUGGGUAUGGGCGUCCCGGCGACUUAGUGCCAUCCGGCAGCAGGGGUUCCGGCCGGCAGCAGGACGGUACAGAAACCAGAAGCGGGCAGCCGGGUGCGGCAGCGCAGUCCGGAAUCAUGAGCGUGGAGCCCAUCUGCAGCGCGCUGCCUGCCGUACCCUCGCACAAGCUGGCCGACCUGCGCUUCCUCAGCCGCGGCGCGUCUGGCACCGUGUCGUCUGCGCGCCACUCGGACUGGCGCGUGCAGGUGGCUGUGAAGCACCUGAACAUCCACACCCCUCUGCUAGACAGUGAAAGAAAUGAUGUCUUAAGAGAAGCUGAAAUUUUACACAAAGCUAGAUUUAGUUACAUUCUUCCUAUUUUGGGAAUUUGCAAUGAGCCUGAAUUUUUGGGAAUAGUUACUGAAUACAUGCCAAAUGGAUCAUUAAAUGAACUCCUACAUAGGAAAACAGAAUAUCCUGAUGUUGCUUGGCCAUUAAGAUUUCGCAUCCUGCAUGAAAUUGCACUGGGCGUAAAUUACCUGCACAAUAUGAAUCCUCCUCUACUUCAUCAUGACUUAAAGACUCAGAAUAUCUUAUUGGAUGAUGAAUUUCAUGUUAAGAUUGCAGACUUUGGUUUGUCAAAAUGGCGCAUGAUGUCCUUGUCACAAUCACGAAAUAGCAAAUCUGCACCAGAAGGAGGGACCAUUAUCUAUAUGCCACCUGAAAACUAUGAGCCUGGACAAAAAUCAAGGGCCAGUGUCAAGCAUGACAUAUAUAGCUAUGCAGUUAUCACAUGGGAAGUCUUAUCCAGAAAACAGCCUUUUGAGGAAGUCACCAAUCCUUUGCAGAUAAUGUAUAGUGUGUCACAAGGACAUCGACCCGACACUAGUGAAGAAAGCCUGCCAUUUGAUAUACCUCAUCGAACACUGAUGAUUUCGCUCAUAGAAAGUGGAUGGGCACAAAACCCAGAUGAAAGGCCAUCCUUCCUAAAAUGUUUAAUAGAACUUGAACCAGUUCUCAGAACAUUUGAAGAGAUAAGUUUUCUUGAAGCUGUUAUGCAACUAAAGAAAACAAAGUUGCAGAGUGCUUCAAGUACUGUUCACUUAUGUGACAAGAAGAAAUCAGAAUCAUCUCUGAACAUAUCUCUAAAUCAUAGUCCACAAGAGGAAUCAUGUGGAUCCUCUCAGCUUCAUAAACAUAGUGCUUCCCCCGGAACCUCAAGGUCCCUGUCAGCUCCUCAAGACAAUGAUUUUUUAUAUAGAAAAACCCAGGACUUCUCUACCCCGCCUCACCUCCCAGUAAAUCACAGCUGCGACAACAUGUGUGUAGCUCAAAGGGCCACAUUCUGUGACCACAAGACUGCCCUGUGCUCUUUAGCAAUAAAUCCACCCUCAGCCAAGGGAAAAUCAGAAUGGUCACAGCCUGGAGUGGCCCAGCAGUGGAUCCAGAGUAAAAGGGAGGAUGUUGUGAGCCAGAUGACCGAAGCCUGCCUUAACCAGUCACUGGAUGCCCUUCUGUCGAGGGACCUGAUCAUGAAGGAGGACUAUGAACUUAUCAGCACCAAACCCACAAGGACUGCAAAAGUCAGACAGUUACUGGACACCACUGACAUCCAAGGAGAGGAAUUCGCCAAAGUUAUAGUACAAAAGCUGAAGGACAACAAGCAGAUGGGUCUUCAGCCAUACCCGGAAAUACUGCCAGCUUCUCAGGCACCAUCUUUAAAUUUAUUUCAAAACAAAAGCUUAUAGGUGACUCUUUUUCAAGAAGAAAAUUCAGUUUAUUAAAAGAAAGAUCACUUAACCACAAUAAUCAGGCCAGUAGGCUUGAAUCUUCUUUAAGGGAGAAGUUCAGAGGGACAGACACUUGAAUGAUGACAGCAAGACAAAAAGACUGACUGCUAAAGGUUCUACCAACAAGACUGGGGUCCAGGAGGAGUGCCAAGCAGUGGGGCUGCUUUACAUUUCCUUCCUUGUCAGUCAUCCUCCGCCCACCCUUACACCCUCAGUGAAAUACCUGGUUUCCUAAUUUAUGCAGAAAAGUUUUAUGACCAGUUGGGAGAACAGGAGAAUCAGUAAACAUUCACAUUUAGCCAUCCUCACAAGCAUCUCAUUAGUUUGAGAAAUUUAUUUCUCCUCUAAAAUUGCACCUCCUAUCCCUCACAGAGCCUGAUUCCCCAACCAUUUCUUGCAUUUUUCUCUCUCUCUCUCUCCAAUGGAUGAUUUCUUCCUCAAUCAAGAUUUCCUUCAAAAACAAAACUCCUUUACUUCUCCUAUAUAUCUCUUCUAAUCCAUUUCCUGGAAAAUUAUUCUAACUGCCUCUACUCUUACUACGAAUUUUGUUCUUAAUCAUUUAAAAUUUGAUGUCAUAGAAUUAAUGACUCUCUAGGUUGAAAGGAACAGUUAUGCAUUGUGUAUGCAUCAAAUUCCUCUACAUUACAGAUGUUAAGCAAAAACUUCCACUGAUGACAGGGAUCUACUGCCCAUUCAGAGUGCCCUCAUCCCCAGACAGUUCUGUCAGGUAAUCUUUCCUAGGCUGGUUUAGAAAUUGACUUCCUAUAGUUUGUAUCCACCAGUCCUGAAUCCAAACCUUGGGACAGAGUAAACAAUAAAUCUCAUGCAUGCGUAUAUGACAGCUCUUUAUGUAUUUCCAGGUAACUAUCCUGUUCCUGGUAACUUCUUUUUUAUGCUUCAAAAUAAUCCCCUUUCCUUCAGUGGUUAAAGAGGAUUGAUCUGUAUUCCUGUACAGAAUGGUACCUGUCACUGACACAAUGCUCCAGUCUAGUUAGGUCUCACCAACACAGUAGGAUAUCUCCUCCUGUAUAACUAAUAUACUAAAAGCCCAUUUAUCAUCAUCACCUAUCAUUGUUGAAUUGAUAUGUCACUGUCAGCUAAAAUACUCUUACUGUACCAUUUUUGCCUUCUCUCCUUUUUUUUAUAUGUCCUCUGUCCAUGGAUUCCAAGUGAUCAGUUUAACUCUCCUAACCUGCUUUUCAGGAUAUGUGUGUGUGUGUGUACUGUUUCUGAUGGUAACAGAUGCUGAGGGAGUCAGACAAAGAGGGCUUUGUUGGCACUGUGCCACUGGGGAGAAUCUGCUGAAGCUGGAGCCCCUACAGUAUGUCGUAUUGGAAUCAAACCUCUUACUGCUGAAAAUCACAGGGCCUCUGAUCUCAGCACCAUCAGAUAAGCUGCCAGAAAAAUAACAUCUUAGAUACCCAUUUAACAGGAGACAGAUGUGUUGUUGAUAGAACUGUCUUGCUUUAAAAAUUUCUACAAGAAG